CAGGACACAGUCUCUUUUGUUGCAAGGGAAUGACUGGCGCUUUGGACGUUUUCUGCACCAGGAUCGCAACCUUUACAGACGAAUCCUCAGAGUCCAGUACGGUACAGUGGGUGGAUACAAGUUUGGAAGAGGAAUUUGCGAUUCGAGACGAAGUUUCCGGAAACCGUCGAACAGAGCGUUUGGAAUCUUCGGAUAUUAACCCAUCAUGGCUGAUCUUGACACUGAUUUCACCAGUGGUGAUGCUGGAGCUUCAUUAACCUUCCCCACGCAGUGCAGCGCUCUGCGCAAGAAUGGCUUUGUUGUACUGAAGGGUCGUGCAUGCAAGAUUGUGGAGAUGUCAACCUCCAAGACUGGCAAGCAUGGACAUGCCAAGGUUCACUUGGUUGGAAUUGACAUUUUUACUGGAAAGAAGAAUGAAGACAUCUGCCCCUCCACCCACAACAUGGAUGUUCCUAACAUCAAGAGACUUGACUAUCAAUUGGUUGGCAUUACAGAUGGCUACCUUUCCCUCUUGAAGGACAAUGGAGAUUUGCGUGAGGACCUUAAGCUGCCUGAUGGGGACCUGGGAAAAGAAAUAGAGAGCAAAUUUGAAUCUGGGGAUGAAUUUUUGGUCUCGGUGUUGUCUGCUAUGGGCGAGGAGUGUCCGAUUGCCAUCAAAGCCAUGAGUUCAUAAUGAACGGAAGACUGUCUGGUUGAGUGAGGGCCUCUAUCACAAAUAUCACAUUUUAGUUCUGAAAGUCACCAAAGCCACAGCCCUCACAAGCCACCCAGAUUUGGUUCUGUUAAUCAAUAAAAAGAUGCUGGACCUGGUAAAGUGCAGUCUGAUCAGGAUAUUUCCAAAUCACAGAUGUUUCUUGCAUGUUUGGACUUCAGUGUUUUCCCUCAUCCAUUCCUUUUGUCAAUAUACUGACACUUUUAUUAUUUACAAAAUGGGAAUAGUUUUUUUUUUUUUUUUUAACUCUACAUAUUGCAGUAAACUUCAGUGAUUUUUAUUAAUGCCAUUGGGCCUUAAACUGUUGCGAAUCAGGCGACAUUUAUAGAAGACCUCUAUGAAUGACACUGACUAGUUUGUUGGCGUUUGGUACAUCAACAUUUGUGCCAAAGCCUGCAUGUCUCAGGUAGGCUGAAAUUUAUCAGAAUGUUGCUUUGACAGGUUGGCACUUGGCUAACCACCAGCAAUCCUAAGGCAUGAAGUUGUCAUUUUUUGUUGACUAUAACUGACUAGAGCAACUUGCAUCCCCAUCAAAUGACCACAUACAAUAUAACUGAUCAGAACCUUGCAUUUUAUUUGGCACAUCGCAAAACUUCUUUUAAAAGUUUGAAAGUAUUUUUUUAUGUAGUUUUAGUCUACCUGACUUUCCUUUUAUUUUCUCUUGGAUUUAAGUUUACAGUCUUUCAUAUAUUCUUAAGUAAUUAACCUUUUCUUUUUUGGUCACAAUAAAGAAUUGUUUAUUCAGCAAAGCAAAAAAAAAAAAAAAAUGUUUUCAGCAGUAAGGGAAGGCUUUGAGUUUUGCACUGGUUAAUCAGCUGUGAUGCAGGUGUAAUGGAUGUCCUCUGUAACAAACUCUACAGUAGCUUUGCUGUACAUCAAACUGAUUUUAAGAUGCAGAAACUAGCUUGUUAGUUUUCCACACAUUGUGUGUGCUAAAGGGCUUCGAUACCAAUACAGUCUUCAGAAUUCACAUUCUGUGGACUUGUAUGCACCUGACUUGUUCAGUUGUUUUAAGGCUAUGUUUUGUUUUCCUAUAGGGCACUCUUUGCAUUAUGCUCAAAGAAAGUAUUUUCAUAGUAUUUUUAUUUUAAAAAUGUUUCUCUCAAUGUAGAAGAUUAGGGAACAUAAUAUCUGCAUUUUGGUUCCUCUGAGUGUUAGUUGUAUUUUAUUAUUAUUUUUUUAAAUAUACAUUUGUUUAUUGAACGCUGGAUUCACAAAUUAAAAGGCACUUGGUUGGGCAGAAUGUUUUUUCAAAGAGGUAUUUUCAGCUUUUAGCUUUCCAUUUUAUUUGUAUUUGUGUUUCCUGAUUCAAGAGACCAAUUUUGGUUUUUAGAAAUAUAGCUCAUAUAUAUAUAUAUAUAUAUACACACACACAAAAAUGAUCCAGUUCGGGAGCUCAAUAAUGGAGAGGAUUACAUAACUGAGUAUUGAAAAGUGUACACAUUGGCAUCUUAAACUUAUUUAGUCUCUCAGGUUUCCACUGUUUGGUUGUUUUGCAAUGUAUUGUAUUGAUUCUAAUUUUACCUGUAAAAUACCACUGUUCAUCUGCAAAAUUUAACAGAUGAUGGAAGAAGAGUAUGGAUCUAAAUUAAGUAGCUUGGACCAUUAUACAACCAGUUCAAACUUUAAGAAGGUGUGCUUAAUCACUCAAGCAGUAGAAAUUAUAGUGUUCAGUGCAUUUCAUAUAGUUGAAUGAUUAUUGUUGGAAACCACAGAUGGGAUAAGAGGUGAGCAAUUACAAUAAAAUUGAAA